GGGUCAAGGGUUACACGGUCGCAGUGUGGCGUGGAGCUGGUCCAGGAAGUCCUCUGUUGUAAACCCGAGAGACUGAAGUCAAGCCAUGGCAGAUGAAUGGAAGAAAAAUCUUCGCCAUGUGUCUUCCCCUGGACAUGAGGAAGAUCACUCACCAAGAAGGAGUGUCCGAAGCAGAUCUUCUGAGCCCAAUGAAGAAGAGCAGAAAUGGGAGGCAGAAAAGUUGAUAGAGGAAACAAGACGCAAGAGAGAGGAGGAAGAUCUAAGAUGUUUGGCUGAAACAGAGGAACUCAACAGAUUGGAGAUGCAGAAAUGUGAGGCAGACCUGAGAGAAUUAAGGGAAAGACAGGAACGUCGCAAACAAGAACGAGCAGAAGAAGAAAAAAGACUGGCAGAGAAAAAAAAGGCAGAAGAAAGAAAGAGGAGGGAAGAGGAGGAGGAAAGAAGAAGAAUCAAAAGGGAAGAAAUGGAGAGACGACGCCAGGCAGAAGAAAAAAGGAAAAUGGAAGCUGAAGAAAUGGUCAACAAACCAAACUUUAUCGUCAAUAGACGAUCUACUAGUGAGAAUCAUGAUGAAAGUGAUGAUAUGGGAAAUGUGGUCCGGGCGAAAGAGGACAUGUCCAAGUCCAAGGAACAGUUGGAGGAGGAAAAGAGAGCUAUUCUCAAACAGAGAAUUGAGCCUCUGUCCAUUGAAUCCUUGAAUAUUGAGCAGUUGAUUGCCAAAGCCAAGGAAAUCCACCAGAAGAUUUACAACUUGGAGAGUGAAAAAUAUGAUCUGGAAGAGCGCUUCAAGAGGCAACAGUAUGAUAUGAUGGAGCUUGCAGAAAGAGCCAGACAGAUGAACAAGGGUGGAGAAGACCAGAAGAGCCCCCACCAACCCGUGAGUGUCAGGGUGAUUCCCAGGGGAAUAGUGCAUGAUAAAUUAGCUGACAAGUACUCUGGUAUCCCGCCCAAGAUCCAACUUUGCAGUAAAUAUGAGCGACAUACAGAUGGCAGAUCUUACACAGAUCGCAAAAAGGCCUUUAAUUCUACAGAUAAAUUUACAUUUUUCCCUUCUGAAGGUGAAGUGAAAAAAAUUAAUGAAAAAUUAGCUAAAAAACAUCCAAAGAAGAAGGCACAAGAUCCAAGUGACAUUAGGUCGCGGCCCAGACCGAAGGCCAAGUCUCCUCCAAAAGAGCCAGAACCUGAGCCAGAACCAGAGCCGGAACCAGAACCGGAACAGCAUGAAGAAGAAGAAGAGGAGGAAGAGGAGGAGGAGGAGGAAGAAUAAGUGACAAAACUGUGAACAGUGUGGGUUAUGUAUUGUAUCUGACAAUUGGCUGCACCCUCCACAUACCACUUAUAACUGGCCAUUCCAGUGCUUCCUUACAACAAGCUCAAGCUGCCAGUGGAUUCCAUGCAGAUGAUCCUCAUAGAUAAGAGAAACUUGUAUAAACUAUACAUAUUCUUUUCUCUAUAAAUACAGGCUUGUGCAAGUUCAGCCUGCCCUUGCACAUAAUAUAGUAAAUGUGUAUGGACAGGGCUUUUAGUUAAAGAAACUUUGGAAGAUUCACUUGGAAACGCCAUUGGACUAUCAAAUAUAAAAGAUCUGGACACUGAAGAAACUUUUGUUUUAACUCUGAUAAACUGGACUUAAAUGAAUACAUCUUAUUAAAGGAAAGAAAGUACCUAGUGUGUAAACAUUUAAAUACUUCUAUCAGACACUAACAUGUUUUUAACAUCGUUUUAAUGUCUUAUCUUAAAUAUUAGUUUACUUCACCAUCUGUGACAUUUGUAGACAUUUUACAGUAUCUCAAUUGGUUAGAAGAAUCUCUACUAUAGAUAGUAAACAGCUUUUACCUAUA